CGGAAUCUGUGCCAUCCUCCGGGUACUGAAAUUCUUCGGGUUUUCGAACCAAUGCGUUGCGUAAACAGUACCAGGUUUCGAAGCUGGCUGCAUUAUUGACUGAAAACUAAACAAUAGGUGAGCCGAAUGUUUCAGUUUUUGUUUCAGUGCGGCAAGUGACAUAAAUUUAAUGCGACAGUGUCCAUCAUUAUUAUACGGGGUGUGUUAACGAAAAAUGGAAACUUUGUAUGUGGAUGAAGUGUUUCAAACUUAACAAGGCUAGACAGUUGACCAGAAAGCCGCAUGUUGAGCUGGGGCCCAGUUCCCAAAGUGUAUGAAGAGUUAACAGAUCGACGGCGAAAAACCGAAAUCUACACGUUAUCAGGAAUAAAAGCCGGCGUAAGCCAGUUGCACAUGCGGUCUUGGAGGAGGGGUUGGGGGGGCGUGUGCAGCUAGCGGCACGGGAGCCCCCCGGCCCCCCGGCAUGACCAUGUGCGUUAGAAGAGGAUGAAGAAGCAAAACGUUCGCACGCUAUCUCUAAUCGUUUGUACCUUCACUUAUUUGCUCAUUGGGGCGGCCGUAUUCGACGCCCUCGAGUCCAAAACGGAGAACCAGAGGAAAGUGGUUCUUCAAGAAAUCCAGUCAAUAAUUCGAAGGAAGUAUAACAUUACUGACGAGGACUAUCGUAUAAUGGAAACGGUAGUUCUGAAAUCUGAACCGCAUAGAGCUGGACAACAGUGGAAAUUCACUGGAGCAUUUUACUUUGCAAUUACCGUAUUGACCACGAUCGGUUAUGGGCAUUCGACACCAAGCACGAUUUCCGGAAAACUCUUCACUAUGUGCUAUGCCAUGAUCGGCAUACCGCUAGGCCUCGUUAUGUUCCAGAGCAUUGGUGAGAGAGUCAACAAGCUCAGCAGUGUCAUCAUACGGUCAGUAAAAUCCUCGUUGAACUGUAGACAAACUGCUGCGUCUGAUUUAGAUCUUAUAUGUGUGGUUACGUUCCUAAGCUCACUAACCAUUGCUGGCGGUGCAGCGGCCUUUUCACGGUACGAAGGUUGGCCCUAUUUUGACUCGGUCUAUUAUUGCUUUAUCACGCUUACAACAAUUGGUUUUGGAGAUAUGGUGGCCCUACAGAAAGACAAUGCUCUGAGCAAAAAACCGGAAUACGUCAUGUUCUCGCUCAUUUUUAUUCUUUUUGGUUUAGCUAUUGUUGCUGCCUCGCUUAACUUACUCGUAUUACGUUUUGUAACAAUGAAUACGGAAGAUGAACGAAGAGAUGAAGCGCAAGCGAUGCAGGCAUUGGCAGGAGCUGUACGUUUAGAAGGUGAUGUAAUAACAGCGAAUGGUUCCAUUCUUAGUGGACAGUUAGGACAUCACGUCACUGAAACCACAUCAUUAGAUGCAGAUGAGACUUCUGUUUGUUCUUGUCCUUGCGGAUGUAUUCCGACAUCCAGCAGGCACCGAUUUACUGUUCGUAGAUCGCCAACUCAAAUUCGUCACCUGCUCCCAGUGUUACCGAUGCACGAACUACACUUGCCCCAAGGGCCACUUUUACCCACGCCCGUCAUCUGCCCAAAUCAUAGGGCUUCAAUAUGAUUCGAU